UCCACGUGAUGUCAGCAAGCGGAAGUGUGCGCGCUCAGCCCUAGAGUGUGUGUCUGUGUGUGUGAGGAAGGACCCGAGAGUUCCCCUGCGGCUCUGAGAGAACAUGGAGGCGGCAGACGAGACGAUGAAGUACCGCUCGCCUCUGGUGUCCAGGUACGCCAGCAAGGAGAUGGCCUUCAACUUCAGCGACCGGAAGAAGUUCAGCACCUGGAGGAAGCUGUGGAUCUACCUGGCCCAGGCGGAGAAGACUUUGGGUUUGCCCAUCACCGACGCCCAGGUCCAGGAGAUGGAGAGCCACGUGGACGACAUUGACUUUGUCAUGGCGGCCGAAGAAGAGCGCAAGCUCCGGCACGACGUCAUGGCUCACGUGCACACGUUCGCCCACUGCUGCCCCACUGCCGCUCCCAUCAUCCACCUCGGAGCCACGUCCUGCUACGUCGGAGACAACACUGAUCUGAUUAUGCUGCGUGACGGAUUCGACAUCCUCUUGCCUAAGCUGGCCAGAGUCAUCGACAGACUGAUGAACUUUGCAGAGAAAUACGCUGACCUCCCCACGCUGGGCUACACACACUACCAGCCCGCCCAGCUGACCACAGUCGGGAAGCGAGCCUGUCUGUGGCUGCAGGACCUGGCCAUGGACAUGAGGAACCUCCAGAGAGCCAGAGACGACCUGCGUUUCAGGGGGGUGAAGGGGACCACCGGGACCCAGGCCAGCUUCCUGCAGCUCUUUCAGGGCGACCACGACAAAGUGGAGGACCUCGACAGGAUGGUGACAGAGAUGGCUGGCUUCAAAAAAGCCUACCUGGUGACGGGCCAGACGUACAGUCGGAAGGUGGACGCAGACUGCUUGGCCAGCCUGGCCAGUUUGGGAGCGACUGUUCACAAGAUCUGUACCGACAUCCGGCUGCUCGCCAACCUGAAGGAGAUCGAGGAGCCGUUUGAGAAAGAUCAGAUCGGUUCCAGUGCCAUGGCGUACAAGAGGAACCCCAUGCGAGCGGAGCGUUGCUGCAGCUUGGCUCGCCACCUGAUGGCGCUGUUGGCCAACCCGCUGCAGACGGCCUCGGUGCAGUGGCUGGAGAGGACACUGGACGACAGCGCUAACAGGAGGAUCUCGCUGCCCGAGUCCUUCCUCACAGCAGACAUCAUCCUCACCACGCUGCAGAACAUCACAGAGGGACUGGUGGUUUACCCCAAAGUCAUCGAGAGACACAUCCGCCACGAGCUUCCCUUCAUGGCCACAGAGAACAUCAUUAUGGCCAUGGUGAAGGCUGGUGGAAACAGACAGGACUGCCACGAGAAGAUCCGCGUUCUGUCCCAGGAGGCAGCAGCUGUGGUCAAACAGGAGGGUGGUGAUAACGACCUUCUGGCCAGAGUUCAGCGAGACCCCUACUUCGCCCCGGUCCUGGGUCAGCUGGACGCCCUGCUGGAGCCCAAGACCUUCAUUGGCCGCGCUCCGCAGCAGGUGACCAGGUUCCUGUCUGAAGAAGUACGCCCCCUGCUGGAGCCGUACAAAGCAAAGAUGGAUGUCAAGAUUGAGCUCGAGCUCUGAAACACACAAACACACACAGAUACAGACACACAAACUUGAACAAAGGUCACUGUGGCCUUGUGAACGCUGCCUUAUACCUCAAUAAAGAGAAAUGGUUGAAUAAA